AUGAAACCGUUCGCAUGCAUCUUUGUUAUCCUUGUCGCUCUGCUGGCCGGCAGCCAGGCCACGUUCGAUAGUCUCCUUGGCGGCGGCGGUGGCGGCGGCGGCAACAUCAAUGGCGCUGGUGGUGCUGGCGGCAUUGUCCAGCUGCUGCAGAGCAAACUGGGCAGUCUUGGCGGCGGUCUAGGCGGCGGUCUAGGCGGCGGUCUUGGCGGUGGACUUGGUGGUGGACUUGGUGGUGGACUUGGUGGUGGACUUGGCGGUGGACUCGCCAGCAAGCUUGGUGGCGGCGGCGGCGCUGUUGGUGGUGGCUACUCUGGCGCACGUUCCGGCGGCUACUCUGCUGGCCCAUCCCGCGCCUACUCAGCCGGCCCAUCCCGCUCCUACUCAGCUCCAUCCAAGGUCAUCGUCCUGGAGGUGGUCAACCAGGCACAAAGCGGCGGACAUGGCGGCUACUCCAGCGGCGGUGGCUAUGGUGGCUACUCGGGCGGCUACGCUCGCUCCUCCGGUGGUUCGGGCUGGAACAAGGGCUGGUAA